ACAGCCCGCCUACUCCCCAGUCCCACCGCUUCCUCCACAGCUCUCACACUUGUGCAGUUCUUUCACUCUCAUCAGAUAUUCAAUGUCUCACCAUCACAUGAAGUCACACUUCAGUAGCUCACUUUAACAACCACAUCAGAUUUUCACAUCAGUGGAUAAUAAAAACACCCCUCUACAUCUUCUUGCUGCUUUUUUUUUUUGCUUAAGAAGAACUUUGGAAAGUGCUUUGGACCAUAUUAUAGCUGCAUGCAGAAGCCAGCAGCUCAGGAGCGAUGUCAUCUAUGCUUUCUCACAACAAAGAUCAGCCACGCAUCAGAAAGUCGCUCUCUGACUCUUCUCCAACUGCAACCACUGCCACCACCAAGAGCCUAAGGCAUGAGAGACUUUCUAGAUUGAGCUCAUCUGGAUCCUCUGAUGUCUCCAACGACACGUCAACAAACCACGCUGACUCCUACGUCUUACGGUGGGAGAACCGACUGUCUGCAAGGAAAAAGGCAGAAGAGACGGCAAACAAUGACUAUAAAAAGAUGUAUGAAAAGGCACUGGCCACCAAUCAAAGGCUCAAGUCCAAGCUGGAAACAAGUAACCAGGAACUCGCCAUGAUUCAGGACCAGCUGCAGAGAACACAGGGAAGACCAGGAGAUUGUAGCUCCAACAUGCUUGAGACAGAAAAAAAGGAAAGUUGGAGUUUAAAAAAGAGGAUAUCAGACAUGGAAGAACAGUUGAAGGUUAAAGCAGAGCUUAAGAUGGAGAACCAAAGACUGAAGGAUGAGAAUGGAGCUUUAAUCCGGGUCAUCACUAAACUAUCCAAGUGAGACAGGAAGCAGGAAGGAUGAGAAGAAGAGGGACGGGUACCAUAAGUCAUAUCUCUACCUGUAUUCUCGCUACAUUCAUCCUAUCCUCAGAAAGAAUGUAUGUACAUAGUUCUCCAGUAACUUUGGAAACUUGACAACAAACAUAUGCAGGGAUAAAAACAUGUUUCACAUCAGCUACGAAAGCUUCCUGUUACUGUACUGGAUCUACGGUAAUAAGACAUUCCCAGACAGAAAAUACAUUAAAUUAAAAUUCAUAUUGUAUAUUCAUAAAAUAUUUCUACAUAAAGGCAAAUGCCAACACGACCACGUCAUGUGUUUUUCUUCACUGUGUAAUGAACAAAUUGUCCAGGUGUAAACCAUUUAUAAAAGUGUGUGAUCAUAUCAAGACUAUCCCUGUAUACAUACAUGGACAAAAUAUUGCAGGUAUUUCCACAGAGGUAUUACCAUGGUAACUGCGAUAUUUUGUCCAUUCCGUAUGCAGACCCUGAAAAUAGGCACUGAACUGUCAGACAGCAGAUGAUGGAUGAGCUACAUUUCUCAGGAACGUGGGAGCGUCAUCUCUGAUUUAAGAGCUUCACCUUGAAGUAUGAUGUCACAGAUGACAGGCUUUUCCUCUUAACCUGCAAUAUAAAAACAAUGAAAUGCAUAAAAGGUGGUCAUAGAGCAAAAAAAAAAAAGCCUCUUUUUUUGCACUAAAGCAAAAUCAGACAUGCAUGUAAAACAUGAAUCAGUCAGUUCAUGGUGAGUGGAGAGGCUUCAGAUUCUCUUUUUUAAACAAGUAAUGAUAAUUGACAAAACAAUCUCACCUCAAGGUCCAUUUAGUAGCUUCUCUGGAGCUUCGGUCACAUAAAGAUCAUACAAAGAUCGUGAUCUUUAUCAGCAGAUGGUGAGAUUGGCCAUUUCCAAGAUCAAAAAUUAACUUUGAACCCCAAUUUUAAAGUCAACAUGAAUCAGAAGUCCUUAAAGUGCUCAAAAAAAGCUAAUUUGAACAUCUAAAAUUCCACACAACAACUGGGAAAACUCAAAGCUCCAGAACAGGCCAGUGAACUUUGAGGUGAGAUUGUUUUGUCAACUGCAGUUUUAAAUGUCAAGAAGGAACUUUGAACCUAAAGUACUGUUAAAAACAUCUCAAUGAAAUAAAGGGAAUUCUCUCUUAUA